AUGCUUGGAGAUUUUACAUAAAGAGAUGAAAUUCAAACACCUAUCCCUUCAGCUAAUACCAAAUUGCCUCAUUAAGAAUUCUCAAUUCCUGAUAUUAUGGAUUAAGUUUCAACUAUUGAAUAGUAUUUAGUCCAAGAGGUUCCGUUUGAUAGUUCGGAACUGUAAAUUAACAUGGGAAAAGACUCUAAUUUAAUAUUUCUUGAAGAAAACAGCAUUAAAUUCUGGUCUCUAAGAGGCAAGAAAAUAGUUAAUGAAAUUACUCAAUUUGAGAUGGUUGAGUUAAUCAAAUCAACGGUUUACUUUCUUAUAAUUCAAAUCUCAAGCUUUCGGUAUUAGAUUUUGGACCCUUUUUCUUUCACAAAGCUCUUUGAAGUUCAAGGGAAAGCAAGAUUGUGCGAAUGUACAUCAACUAAAGAUGUUAUCUUAAUAACUGAGAGUAACGGUUAAAUUAUAGCAAUUGAUUUUACAAAUAACAAAGAUAUCCAUGUUUAAACAUACAGCCCUUAAGAUAAAUAAUUAAGAGAAGUAUUUACUAAAUUAUCAAUCUCAAAUGAUGGCAAAACAUUUUGUGCAUUUGAAAUGAAAUCUAAAAAUGCUGUUGUAUUUGGGGUUUAACCACUUCAUGAGAUUUGGAGAGAAGAAUUAAUAGUUGAUUAGGAGGAUUUAUAGGAUAUUCAAAAACUAAUGACGAUUUCCGAUGACAAUCUAUACAUUUGUCUGAGGAAUUCAGUUAAAAAAGGAGUGAACUAUUAUUCAAUGACUGAUUCUACUCUCAUUCUAAGUAUAGAAAGCAUGCAUGUCAAUCCUAUAAAUCAAAUUCUCAAUUGGAAUAAUGGCAAAAAAAUAAUUACUUGUAGUAAAGAUAAAAAAAUUAAAAUAUGGAACCUUUCAACUAAAUAACUUGAUUUAUCUUUUCCUCCACAGCAUUUGAGUUCUGUUGAAGCUCUGGUUUUAUCAAAUAACUAGAAAUUUAUGUUUUCUUGCUCAUUAGAUAUGACUGUAGGAGUUUGGUGUAUGAAAAGAUUCAAGCUUCUCGCUCAGCUUAAUAGUACAAUAAAGAUCAAUGAUUUGCAGUUUUCGGAUGAUUAAUCCUAUUUAGUAGCUUUUGGAGAAAAAUCCAAAAUUUAGUAUUGGAAACUGGAAGAGAAUUCAGAAUCAGUUAAAAUUGGUAUUGAUAUCUCGUACUUGAAUGAAUGCAUUGUUACCCCUAAUGGGGAGUAUGUUGUGACCACUAAUCUAAGCAAAAUGCUAAUGGAAAUAUGGAGCACCCUCACAAAGUCUUGUAGGGAAUCUGGAGAAUUAAUCAGGUGGUCUACCAAAACUCAGGCAGAUACAGGGAUCUAUAGUCAUAGUGAUGAUAUUAUCGACAUUGUAAUUGAUACAAAUGAUAAAUUUAUUUACACUAUGGGAUACACGAAAGGAAAAUUCUAUAAAUGGGAAGUUGAAUCAAUGACAUAAAUUCUGGUACUAGAUCUAGGAGUGGAUUUAAAAACUGACUAGAUUGUAUCUAAAAUUGGUAAUCUAGACUACUCUCCAGGAACUAUAUCUAUUACUCUAGAUAGUUAAUUUGCUGUUGUUUGCCAAGGCUGGAACAGUUCCAAGGUGUUUGUCUUAUAUCUUGAAACCUUACAAACCUUUAAAAUACUAGAGGAUCAUAAAGAAACAGGAGUCUGGUUUGUUGCUCCAACUCCAGAUGGGCUAUAUGUUAUCACAAGAAACUAUUAAGAAACUAUUAUUUGGGAUGCUAAAACAUUUAACUAUAUUCUUUUUGUUGACGAGAAAUUCAUCAUGCUUUUAUCUGACCAUAAAAUUUGCAGAGCUUUUUUGCAUGAUGGUUUCUUUAAAUUAUGGUCUGCCAAAACAGCUGCGCAACUUUCAGAUGACUUUCCAUAAUCAUAAGAAAAUAUGAUUGGAGAAGGAGAUGAGUAAAAGUCUCUACUUAAGAUAAGUGGGCCAUUUAAUUCAUUAGUCCCACUGAUUAUUAAAAAUCUAAUGCAAACUGUCAAAAGUGAAUAAAGGCAAUAUGUUAAAGCACUUUAGGACAAUUUUAUCCUACCUUAUAAACUAAAUAUUUUGCAUUUCUUUGCUUUUUACAAUAAUCCUCAUAGUUUAACUUCUGCUCUUGACCAAGGAACUAUUUAUACUAGAGAUUAUUUAGGUAAAAGUCCUUUAGAAUAUUCUAUUGAUAGAAUGAGUCAAGAAUGUACCGAUAUUUUACUUGGCUAUAUAAUGAAGAGAGAAAAUAUCUAUCAGAAAAUGAAAGAGUAAGAAUUGAUAAAACUAGUCAAUUUUGGUCCUAGUAAUUUGUUGUAAUUUUUUGAAAAUGCAGUUUUUACUGAGGAGAAAAAUGUUCCUCCCUAUGGAAGUAUUGUAGGAGGUAAUUGUACUUUUCUUCUGACAAAAGGUGCAAUUCUAGAAAAUUAUGACUGCAAAUUGAUGCUGAAUUCAAAGAUUCCUGAAUCUUAAUAAAAACCAUUACUUUUUAAAUCUCUAAAGAUUAAAUAUAAUCUUGAACCAGGCUCUUUAAGUAGCAUUAUCCUUCAUUAGAGCCUUUAAGACACAAAUUCAAAAGAAAUAUUUACAUCAGAGGCAGUGAAUAGAAUUCUUGAGUAUAAAUGGAAUAAAGUCAAAUAGUUUGCCUAUAUUUAAUGUUCUGUCUACUUUUUAUUUGUAGCAUUGAUAAUUGCUCAUUCUAUUUCAUACAAAGAUAGAAUUGAAUUAGUAAUAGCUAUUUUAGCAUUUGGAUUUAUUUUUAUCGGCUGGGAGCUGUUUUAGCUUAUUUUAAAUUAUAGGUCUUACUUUGGAGAAAUAUGGAAUGUGCUUGACAUAGGCAGGGUUAUUUUGAUUGUAUGGUAUUGUUUAACAGCACUAGUAAAUAUAUCUAAUGAUAAAUCUGCUGUUGAUAAGGAAAAUAGAAUUGUGUUGGGAGUGUUAAAUCUUCUCGUAUUCUUAAGAAUUUUAUCAUACUUUAGACUUAAUUAAAGCUCAAGAGUCUUGAUUAGACUUAUCAUUGAAGUUUGCAGAGAUAUGGUAUCAUUCACACUACUGCUGUUUUUAAGUAUUGUUGGUUUUGCAAUUACUUUCAAUAUUAUUUAAUCGAAUGAUAGCGAUGAAGAUACUCUUCGAGGCAAUCUUGGUCUUUACUAUAGACUAAUUUAUGGAGAUUUUGGAAUGAUUGCUGAUGACACAGGAACAGCUUUGUGGAUAGUUUUCAUUGGAAGCAGUUUCUUUAUUACAUUGAUUAUGAUGAAUUUACUUAUUGCCAUAAUGUCUGAUACUUACGACAGAGUGAUGAAUGACAUUACAUCUACAGAUGGAUGGGAGCUAAAUUAACUUAUUCUUGAACAAGAGAGCAUGAUGUUUUGGAAAAGAAACAAAGGAGAGCCUAUGUAUUUACAUUGGGUCACAUAUACUGGAGGUUCAUCUUAAUCUUUGUGGGAAGGUAGAAUUGCUGCAAUUCAUUAAAGUCUUCAAUAGGAAUAAGGAUCACUUAGCGAAGAUGUAAAAACAAUAGUGAAGGAAUUAAGCGAUAUAAAAUCCUAACUUUAAUCUCAUUCAAGAGAUGUUAAUAUGAGAUUUGAAGAGCAUAGAAAAAAAUUGGAAAAAAUUAGAUCUUUCCAUCCUUAGAAAUCAAUUCUUAUUUGA